CACGGUUCCAAUAAAUCCCCAUAAGUUGAGUCUAAUCUUUUGUCUUCUGCUCGAACCAACCUCAGUCAGAGUCCAUGAGGACUAUAUAAGGAUUCGAGCGACACCUAAGCAAUAUUGUCCCUCUGUUAUCCACCUCGGAAGCAAGGAGUCGAGUCUCUUUGCAUGCGCUUAUGUCGUCGAAUGGGUACUGAUUGGGAAGUGGCCGGAAACAAACUUCCUGUGGCGUGAGGGGCACGACGAACGGCCCAGUCAACCUGCGUCUUGGGCUAAGGGACGACGUCGCAUUGUUUUGUUCUUGUCCUAAACACCUUCCAAGUCUUCCAUUCAUCGUAGUUCCAUCAACACUUAUCUUUGCAAGAUAUCACUACAUAUCGCUAUGGCUCUAAGCUUCUGGCCUACGGCAGGCCUCGUUUCAUUCGCAAGCUACCUCCUCUUCUGUCGAAGCCUUCGCUAUCUUCGACGAGACAAGAGACAUCGAGAUUAUCCCUACAAGACAAGAGAGGAUUUCUCUAGGAUGACGACUCAGCAUGCCUUUGAGAUCUGCAAAUACUGCAUUUCGCUUGAAUUCCCCUUCACUAUUGAGAAAGCUCUGCAAUUCGCGCUGUUCAGAACAUACGGCAUUCCCACCAUAAGCAAGCUCCUCUGUGAAACGCGCCAGCUGUCCGAGGUUCAAUAUGCGCCAAGACGCUAUGCCGAUACAUCAAUCCUCAUCACAGAGUUCCUGUCACAUGCACCGGAAUCCGACCGAGCCAACUCCGCCAUAGCUCGAAUGAACUUCUUGCAUGGUAUGUAUCAGAAGUCCGGCAAGAUCAGCAACGACGACUUGUUGUACACACUAUCUCUCUUUAUACUAGAAGUGGAACGUUGGGUAAGAAUGUAUGAGUGGCGAGCGUUUACUCCAAUGGAGUUGUGUGCUUUCGGGACUCUUUGGAAAUCGAUCGGCGAUGCAAUGGGAAUAACUUGGGAAGCCCUUGCUAACGGACAAUCUGGUUUCAAGGACGGUCUCCAGUUUGUCGAGGACCUGCGCUUGUGGUCAGAUGCCUACGAGAAGCGGAAUAUGGUACCAAACAAGUGGAAUCAUCAGCUCGCAGAAGAGACAAUCGCCAUCUUACUCUGCAACGCCCCGCGAUCCAUGAAGCCAGCCGGUAAACAAGCCGUUGUCACGCUUAUGGAUGAGAGAUUGAGGAGGGCUAUGAUCUACGACGAUCCACCAAGUUUCUACCCAUCUCUCGUAUCCCUCACUUUAACAACCCGCAAGCUCUUCAUCCACUACCUCCUCCCUCCACGACCAUAUUCCAUGCGCUUUAAGACAAUUACGGACGACCCUGAUCCAAAUACCGGUCGUUACCAUCAAAUAAUUUACGAAGCCGAGCCUUGGUAUGUCCCCGCAACAUUAUCCUAUCGCUUCAACCUUGCAGCGUGGACUCGCUGGGCCCUUGGACGCCCAUUUCCGGACGGGAAGAACUUCAAACCGCAAGGUUAUCACAUUUUUGAGCUUGGACCUGAGAAGCUAGAGAGUAAGGGGCAGGAUGAGUGUAAGGCAACGAGGGAAAGACUCAUGGCUAGCGGGCGGGGUGGAUGUCCCUUCAGUUUUCGCAAAGCAUGAAUAUCGGUCAGUAGGAAGCAACUGCGCUGUGAGCUGGUGGAUACGAAAGGAGGCAGACAGAAAUACCACGAAGUCUAAAUAACCGAACACAAGUACUUCAACAUAACAGCCGAUAAAAUUCUCACCAUUCAAAUCAACUUCACUCCACCCUCCUUUUCCUCUUCAACAGACUACUCUUCAACCCCACGAAUAUCUGCCAAUUCCUCAUAUCAUUCGUAGGAAUCGGGCGGACCCGGGCGACUAUGGUGUCUACACCAGAUGAACCCGAAUUUUGAUCCAGAGUAGUGAGAG